AUGUUGCCCAAGGUCAACUCUCAUUGUCUGAUUCCCAUCGCCCAUUUGGACGCUAUCGAGAAAGAGAGUCUCCCUCCCUCAGCAUACUUUCACGGCGUCAUCCGUAACGAGAUCGGGGUCUUCGUCGUCUUCAACGCGGACUCUCCCGCUCUUUUUGAUAUCCCUCGCCCCCAUAAAGACUCUGAUGCAUGUCCGGCACUAUACUCGACGAGCUGGGCUAGCUAUUCCCGUGCUUAUCUAUGCUGUGGACCACGUCGCCCGAUCUUCGACGGGGACCUUCUUUCCGUUCUCGACAUCGACUCCCGCUCCCUUCCGACGAGCAAAACCACGUCCUCGAGUGGAUCACAAUGGAGUCUCUCAUCUGAUCUCGUUGAGAAGUGGAGCGGUCUAGAAGGGUUUCUGUGCAAGGUCGUUACUGCUUUACGGUCCGAGGUGCAGGGACUUGUCCCAGCUGGGAUCGUAUUGCAUGCGAAGCCUGCUGCUCAUGGUUACUUGAACACAUAUGACGUUGAAGAAGACCUUCUCAGAGCCGUAUAUCACUCAAGAGACGUGUUCACCCCUCUUCUCGCUGCUAUUGCACUCCAUUUCGUUGCUUUGGAUGGAUCCAACCAGAACACGUCGUGGAGAACGAGACUCAUCCAGCAGCUCAAUCUUCAGCACAGACUGUUGGACUCGUUGGAGGAAUGCCGACUGGCUCUUGGUCUCCUGAUCAACGGAACCGCCGUCAUCAACCCCCCAAUCUAUCUCUUCCUGGGCAAAGGCGAAGAAGCUGUGAAACUGGCAUCGCGUCUAGAGGUGUUCCCCUCCAUGCAGAACAUCCAAUUGAAUGUUCAGGCCUCGAUCCGCGCUUUGAAUCAAUCACCGCCGAACCCGGUAUCCGUCUUGAAAUACGUCUUCGCUCCGAGGAUCAUGAGACGAGACGGAGUCUUCAUUAACCCAGAGUACUACGAGACUUUGGAGAGACGCCGACAGCAGUUCCCACCAGUUGAGGCCCACAGUGGCCAGAAGGAGGGAGAGAGUUUCACCGAGUUCUUUGCUCGGCGCAAAGCGCGCAAGCUUGCGGAGGAAAGUCCGAAACAAUUGCAAACUCGCCUCCAACGCGAAAACGCUGCGAGAAGCCAAAAUUGCCCGGGCCGGAAAGGUGCCAGAGUUUUCAUGUGGGAACAGACCGAAGGGUUCUACAUCCGUCGACUGGUUCAACGCAAUUGCGUUGAAGACGAAUGGUCCGAUUUCGCUCCCUCACAGCGGGUGUACGAUUCCUUCUCCAACAAGUGGGAUCUUUGCUCGCCACUCGACCCCGUGGCUCGAGCCGAACCGAGCGACGACAACGACAACGACAACGACGACUUCGCCGACAUAUAUGGCAGGGAAGCUCCGCUUCAGGCGGGAGACUUCGAUGCCGAGAUGCCCGACGGACUUCCUCCUCAAGUGCAAUCCACGCUUGGGAAUACGACGGCUGUUCUCCAAAAUCUCGACACCUACCACAAGGAAAACCGCGAAGAUAUACAGCUUCUGAACGCACCUAUUGUGGAUGUCGCAGACCGGAACCCUGUCAGAGCCACCCUCGAGUACCGUGUCGGGUUCACCGGCGAGCCACGCGAGCCACGAGAUCUAGACGAGCUCAAGAGGCCAGAGCGCACGUUUGACGACUCUGAACUGAUGGAUGUCGGCUUGUGCCGCCGCUUUCUUGGGUAUGCGGGUUCUUCAAGGCCGCAGCCACUGAGCCAUGCGGCUCGAGCUCUGAUGCUUGCGCUCAAAGGCACUAAGCGUGUCAAUGACCUUCCGCCCGACCUCUUUGAUCUAGCAGACAAUGCACUGCAACUUAACGUCUGGAGCAAGAAAGGUGUCGAGCUAUUUGUAUGGCGGCGUUUGAGCGGUCCAGCUCAUUGUAUGUUCGUGUACGUGUUGCAUCCUGCCGAGGAAGGAUCCACCGGUCGGAAGCUGUACGUUUCAGAUGCCACCACCGCCAUUCAAGUCGCCCGACUUCGUUGUUCCACUUGGGCGGCACUCAUAUCUUGCCUGUUCGAUCUUGGGUGCGAGUUUCACAUCGUCACUGAAGCUUCCACGUUCGCAGCAUCGUCCUAUCGACCGGAUCAAUACCGGUGUCGCAGUCUCGGAGUCCGCCCAGAGGAUUACAAUCCAGAUGAGCAGGAUCGUCUCAUCUACUGGGACAUGAUGCGUUCGUUCCUUCUUUCCCCCCGUGGUCGACUUGCCCUCCAAGCAGGAGGGAUUAUCGCACGCCUAGCACGUCUGGUGAUCGAAGAUGCAGAGCUUGAGCUGAGAUCUCAUUUGUCGAUGUCGGGACCGCCGAGGAACGCAUCCAUCGAAAUGAACCAGCUGGAUCCCAAUGCUCGCAAUGGGCAUCAGGAGAAGCGCAUUUCGUGGUGGCCUCAAGCAGGAGCAUGGUAUUCGUCUGGUUUGAGUGUUGGCUGGUGGACGCCGGAUUGCGAGAGCUGGUUCCAAGGGAUUCUGGAUGAGAUGAAGACCAACAAGGCUGCCGUAAUCAACAACACCAACUGGAAGCAGCGAAUCCGUGGCUACAGCGCUGCGGGUAAACUUGCCAAGAACCUCGAAGCUGUUCACGCUGAUUUUAUUGCAACCUUACCGUACGAAGAUAUAUAG